AUGGGGAGGAGAAGAAGGCCACAACCUGACUCUGAAAUCAGUUUUGGAGAUGAAGUAGAUGGUGAUGAUUUCGAACCUGAGCCACCAGACUAUGGCCAAGGCAGCACGAGCCAUGAGAGUUGGUCCAGCAAAGAAGAUUACAUAGAAGGCUAUAAGGAAGAAAAUCAUGAGAGCAAAUCUCAAUUCAGUCCAGAGGAAGGAGAUCACGAAAUUGAAGCAGAACUUGAACAACUCAAUCAUGAAGACCAGUUCAUUGAGCUUUACCAUGAAGAAAAGCCACGGUGUGAAGAAACUGAUUCUCAAAUCAGUUUAGAAGAGACUGAGCCGAAUAAUGAAGAAUCUGGAUACCAAGAUGACUAUGCCCAUGAGAGUGAGGAUAACAAUGAGGCUGAGAGAUGGGUAGAAGAGAAUCUACGGCGUGGUGACAAGGAGCCAGCCCCACUGGACCAAACUUCACAUUACUACACCCCUAAAUCCAAGAGCAAUCAAGGACUAGGAAAGGAGGACAAAGGAUUGAGACUACAGACCACGACAUCAACCUCUAAACUCACUGAUCUCAAGUCAGAGAUAAUACUGAAUCCCUCGCUUGAUAGCUUAGAAACAGGUGUUAGAGGAGUAUGCAGUGGAUGGAGAGCUCAUGAUGAUCAACAAGUAGUCAUCGCCAGCAAUGUGUUACCCCAAGAAGAGGUCAAUGGCGGCAACAAGUGUGAAAAAGGAGUUUUCACCAAGACAACAACCUUACUACUCAAAGAAUUCAGAAAAAAAACUUGGAGAGGAGUAAUUGCUAGUUCACUGAUCAAAGAGGAACCACCAGACACUCAUUCCUCUUCCCACAUAUACAGCCAAAAGUAUUUUGGCCAAGUGUCGUAUCAUUACUCUCCUCCUCGCCUAGGAGCUUAUCCCCAAGCUCCAACUCUAGGAAUGCUUCUAGCAGCCUUAUUCAUCCUUCCAGUUUUCUUCGUCAUAUGGCUCAUCGUCUUGAUUAUCUCCAUCCCUAACUGGCAUUAUAUGAAAAAGCAUUGGACUACAAACGUGAUCUCGUUUGAAGAAAUCAUCACAAUUGAAGCAAAGUCUUUUGGAGCAUUCUGGAGCAUAUGGGACGUAGGAGCAUGGAGGGACUUGGCACAUGGACGCAGCUCAACUGGAUACGCAAAGGAAGAAGGGAGAAGCCAUCUUGAAGACCAGCUCGACCGUCUACUCGACCAACCGGUCGAGUUCCUCAACUCGACCGGCCAAGCUUCAACUCGAUCGAGCUGA